GGCACCUCUCUAGCGAGUUCCCACUGCCUGCUCUGCAAAGUGUUCUCUUGUCCCAUUCGAAAACAAGUUUAUUUUCCCAGUGCAUUAGGAAUCUUGUCCCAGAGAUCCCAGAGUUUUGUGUAGCUUUUACCAGCUUCUGGAGCACUCCUAGAAAUAUUGGCUGCCCACACGACUUAAGAAAAUCGUUCUUGGCAUAGCGGGCUGUUUUGUUUUGUUUUCCUUUUGACAAGUAAUAUUUGUUCCAGAAUUUAUCCAUUUGGAUCACCAGUUCCUUGGUCAUCUCUAUGUAACUUCUCCCCAUCCAUCCGAGUCCAGUUUCCUCUGGGCCCCAUUCUCCAGCCUCCAGUAGAUCUGGUCAGUCCCACCUCUAGGUGGGAGUGAUCAAGGGGGCUCUGGCCCAGGAUUUCCAACCCUGGAAGGCAGCUCCAAAGCACUGAGAGAGCUGGGCGUCGGGUACGAACCUGGCAGCUCAGGAGUGGGUGCUCCACUCACCCCCCACAAAAAGAUGAAAAAGCGCAAAGAACUCAAUGCGUUGAUCGGCCUGGCUGGUGACGGUCGGCGAAAGAAGCCCAAGAAAGGCCCAAGCAGCCACCGCCUGCUUCGCACUGAGCCUCCUGACUCAGACUCGGAGUCCAGCUCAGAGGAAGAAGAGGAGUUCGGAGCCAUUGGAAAUCGCUCUCGUUUUGUCAAGGGCGACUACUUACGAUGCUGCAAGAUCUGUUAUCCCCUCUGUGCCUUUGUCAUCCUCGCCGCCUGUGUGGCGGCCUGCGUUGGCUUGGUGUGGAUGCAAGUGGCGCUCAAGGAGGAUCUGGAUGCCCUCAAGGAAAAAUUUACGACAAUGGAGUCUAAUCAGAAAAGCUCAUUCCAGGAAAUCCCCAAACUUAAUGAGGAACUUCUCAGCAAGCAAAAACAACUCGAGAAGAUUGAGUCCGGGGAGCUGGGCUUGAGCAGAGUCUGGAUCAACAUCACAGAAAUGAAUAAGCAGAUUUCUCUGUUGAGUUCUGCAGUUAGCCACCUGAAAGGCAAUGUCAAGUCUGCUGCAGACUUACUGAGCCUGCCAAGCACUGUCGAGGGACUUCAGAAGAGCGUAGCUUCCAUUGGCAAUACUUUAAACAGUGUCCAUCUUGUUGUGGAGGAGAUACAGAAAACUGUGGAUGAACACAAGAAAACCUUGGAAUUACUACAGAGCAGUAUGGAGACCAAUGGGAGCAACCAAAUCAUGCCAUCACCUUCAGCUACAUCAGAAAUUGACAAUAAAACCCACAGUGAAAGUUCAAAACAGGAUAUCCUGUACUUUCACAAUUCCUUAGAGGAGGUCAACAGUACUGUAGUGGGAUACCAGAGACAGAAUGACCUUAAACUCGAGGGGAUGAGUGAGACACUCAGUAACCUGACACAGAGGCUCAGCCUGAUGGAAAGGGAUGUGGCUGCACUGAGCAAGGCAGAGAAGAGAGCAAGCCCGGCCUCCAGCAUGAUGGCUGAUAGGGCUGCCACUCUGAAAAGAGAGUCUUUGGUGACCAACAGAACUGAGACUGUAAAGGCCCAAAGUGUAAAAAAAGAAGAUAAUUCAAAUUCUCAGGUAUCCAAGCUGCGAGAGAAACUGCAGCUGAUCAGUGCUCUCACAAACAAACCUGAAAGCAACAGGCCUCCAAAGACCGCAGAGGAAGAGCAAGUACAGAACUUCACAUCAGAUCCGUCAGCAUUGCCAAAAGUUUCAAAGCUUCUUGGAGACCAAAUUAAGACCCAACUAAAACCUGUCUCCCUACCGGGGAUUUCUAGCAUCAAAGAUCUUCAGGAUUUAUUCCACAAGAGUGGUCAAGAUGUGGAUGGAAUGCUGACCUACCAGGAAAUCUGGAAUUCCCUAGGUUCUGCCAUGCCAAGACCAGAGAGCCUGAAGGCAUUUGAUUCCAAUGGAGAUGGAAGAUACUCCUUCCUGGAGCUGAGAGCAGCUUUAGGAUGCCUAAAGUCAAAAUGUGGUCAAAUGAAACAUGAAAUCACAGUCUUCUCUCACAGUUGUCCACUCAGAGGUAGCUAUAGGUUUUCUGUCCAGAGGAUGCCACAGUGAGCAGGCAGGCGUGGAGCAGAGGCCUCCUGGGGAUGGUGGCAGGUUUCCAGGUCUAAAAAGCAAGGGUAUUGCUUCCCCUUCUAGACACUUUGUGGGCAAGUUAUGAAAGGUCUGACUAGAAGGAAACCAACAUGUCACCAACAUGUUGAGAACACACCAAUGUUGUUCUUAGGAGUCUCUGGGCAACAUGAGUAGAAGUCCGUACAGAACCUCACUCUGCUGUAGCCAGUCAGGGAAACACUGGAGAAGCUGUUGCAUGGCAGGUUUCUUUAGUGCAAAUUAUUCCUGUUUAAUUUUGUUCAAGUUGCCCUGUCAACUAUAGAUACAGUCUAGUAUCCUUAAACCUUUAAAGACAUUUGAUUUUUGGCUUGUUUUUUGUUUUGUUUUGUUUUGUUUUGGGGGAUGGGGGUUCCAGACAGGGUCUCUCUG